CAGAGCUGCCCAGCUGACCCCAGACCCUCCUCCCCCACCACUUUUCAUGUCUCACCACCAAAUCCUCAAGACGGGGAACCUGUCCAAGCCCAUCACCCCAUCCCCACUACCCCGUAAGCAUCCCUUAGACCUCAGCACCCCAAUUCCUGCCCUGCCCCUGUUCCCCAAGUUCUUUUCCAAGCCCAAUUCGUCCCCGAAAAGGGACCGUUCCAGGGACCCGUGCGCAUCCUAAAGCAGGGGGUGCAGCUUGACCACGCCCCCAUCCCUGCAACUUGACCCAGGCUGCGACCCCCAGCUCUGACGUCUCGGAAAAUUCCCCCUCCCCUAUCAGGCCCCCCGGGAAGGGUGCAUGGUAUGAAAUGGGGCUGAAACCCCCCUGGCUAGGAGAGAAGGAACCUGCCAGAGAACCGUCAGAACAAGCGUCCAUGGACCUGUGGAACUGGGAUGAGGCGUCACUGCAGGAAGUGCCUCCUGGGGACAAGCUGACAGGACUGGGAGCGGAAUUUGGUUUCUAUUUCCCUGAAGUGGCCCUACAAGAGGACACACCAAUCACACCAAUGAACAUAGAAGGCUGCUGGAAAGGGUUCCCAGAGCUGGACUGGAACCCCGCUUUACCUCACGAAGAAGUACCUUUCCAGGCAGAGCCCGUUGCUCACCCCCUUCCGUGGUCGCGAGACUGGACAGACCUGGGGUGCAACACCUCGGACCCGUGGAGCUGUGCUUCACAGACGCCAGGACCUGCCCCCACUGGCACGAGCCCCUCCCCCUUCGUCGGCUUUGAAGGGGCGACCGGUCAGAAUCCUGCCACCUCGGCAGGAGGGGUCCCCUCGUGGUCGCACCCUCCGGCUGCCUGGAGCACUACCAGCUGGGACUGUUCUGUGGGCCCCAGUGGCGCCACCUACUGGGACAAUGGCCUGGGCGGGGAAGUGCAUGAGGACUAUAAAAUGUCAUGGGGCGGGUCUGCCGGUUCGGACUACACCACCACGUGGAAUACUGGGCUGCAGGACUGCAGCAUCCCUUUCGAGGGGCACCAGAGUCCAGCAUUCACCACGCCCUCCAAAUCGAACAAGCAGUCUGAUAGAGCCACAUUGACUCGCUACUCCAAAACUAACCACCGAGGUCCCAUUCAGCUGUGGCAAUUCCUCCUGGAGCUGCUCCACGACGGGGCGCGCAGCAGCUGCAUCCGCUGGACGGGCAAUAGCCGCGAGUUCCAGCUGUGCGACCCCAAAGAGGUGGCCCGGCUGUGGGGCGAGCGCAAGAGGAAGCCGGGAAUGAAUUAUGAGAAACUGAGUCGAGGUCUACGUUAUUAUUACCGCCGCGACAUCGUGCUCAAGAGUGGUGGGCGCAAGUACACAUACCGCUUCGGGGGACGUGUGCCUGUCCUAGCCUAUCAGGAUGAUAUGGGGCAUCUGCCAGGUGCAGAAGGCCAAUAAAACAAAAAACAAAAGCAACC